AUGGCACAACAAAUCGAAAAAGUAGCAGCAGCAGCCCACAUCGGCGCCGCAGCCACUGGCAACGGAGCCUUUCUUACUUCUCACGGCGGCAUGGCUGUAGAGCAACUCAAAGAUAUAGCUGCAGAUCGUAUCAUCCCCGCGGCUGUAGGUGCAAAGACGUUCCUCGCAUCUCACGGCACCUCAGCCGGAGAAAGAAUCAAAAGCAUUGCCGCCGAGCAUCCCGUUGCUGCUGCGGUAAUUGGUACCGGAGCCGCUGUUAUGGCAGCCCCAGCUCUCCUGUCUGCCCCGGCUUUGGCCGUGGCAGGAUUCAGUUCUUCAGGCAUAACAGCAGGAUCUCUCGCGGCCACCGUACAAAGUGGUAUUGGGUCCGUCGUUGCUGGUAGCGCCUUCGCAACUCUUCAGAGCGCCGGCGCCGGCGGAGCGGGUUUGGCGAUUGUGAACGGCGUCGCACAGGGUGUUGGGGUUUGUGCAGCUACUGCAGGCGGGCUUAUGGGGUUCUUUGGUGCAAAGGGCGGUGAGAAUGAAGCUGCUGGCGAUGAGACAAAGAGUAACGAGGAACGGGAAGACCAGACGGAGACCCAGGAUCUCUGA